AUGGAAAGAAAUAAGGUUAAGUUCGAAGAAGGCAGACCAAAAACUGAGAGGGUAGUCAUAAACAGCAUUUCUCACCUUAAUAAGAUGAUUGAAUACAAAAGAUUUUCCAACAUCUCCAAGUCUUACUCUUUGGGACAACCUGACAAGAAAUAUGUUCAUAGGUUUUUUUGGAACCCUCCUGAUCAUCAAACAGUAAAGGUAAAUACUGAUGGAAGCUUCAAUAAGACAGGUGCAGGUGUUGGGGGUGUCUACAGAAAUCACCUUGGGCAAUGUCUAUUAUACUUCCACAUCCCCAUUGAGGCUACUGAUGCUGUUGAAACUGAACUAAUGGUUGUUUAUUGGGCUUUGAAAAUUGCCAAAAUGGCUAGCUGGACAAAAUUAUGGGUUGAAGUAGAUUCUACUGCUGUUAUCAAGAUAUUGAGGGAUGAUGAUCUUAUACCCUGGCACCUUAUCUAUUGGACCAAAAAGAUUAGAGAAAUUUCAUCACUGAUAAAUGUACAGUACACUUUUAUCUUUAGAGAUGGCAAUCAGCCAGCCAAUUGGCUUGCCAUACAAGGGUACAAUUUACAAGAGUUAUCUGUUGUUGUCUCCCCUCUUCGUACCCUUCAGUUUCUACUGCAGGGUGACAGGUUAAAGGUCCCAUAUUUCAGAAUUGCUAACUAA